CCAGAGAGUGGAGAGGAAGCAGUGGCCCUGGUGGAAGACUUGCAGAAAAAACCUGGAAGACAUGGGCUGCAGCCCUGCCUGAUUCUCAGGCUCUGGAUCUUGCUGCAUAGAAGAGCAGUGGUGAUCGGGGUGAUGAGCAGAUCUCAGGAGCUGGUGACAUUUGGCGAUGUGGCUGUGUAUGUUUCCCAAGAGGCACAGAGGGAACCAGAACCUGGACAGAAGAACCACCUAGAAGUAACUCAACAGAAUCCUGCAAAUGGGAUCUUGCUAGGUGUGCACUGGGGGUAUGAAGAAACUAAAAUUUUCCUGGGAAUUCUUGGUGAGCCCUACAUUCAUGAGACACUUCGCACCUGCCAUCAGAAUCGCCAGGUGUGCCAGAUCGUGGCUGAGCGGCUGUGGGAAUGUGGUUUCCUGCGGACUCUGGAGCAGUGUCGCUACCGUUUCACGAACCUCCAGACCAACUACCACAAAGCCAGGAGCACCCACAUGCCAGGCUCCUGCACCUUCUAUGAUGAGAUGGAUGCCUGAUGAGUUCCUGGACCCUUUCUAACACCUUCAGUGCCUGAGAGGUGGCAGGAGGUCUUCCAUGGAAUAGAGGGAACGCCAAAGGGAACCAGGAGGCAGCACUGGAAGAUAUAAGAACGGAAAGUGAAUUACAGGAGAACUCCAUGUCCCUUCUUGCUUUGCCUUGAGUAGGACUUCCAGUUUCCCAGCCAGAUGGGGUCUCAAGGCUGGAGACAAGCGAAGAGCUUUGGAAUGGCAAUCUCCAGGACUUCAGGGAGAUUUGGAAAACUUCCUGUGCAGAUCUUGAAACAAAGACAGAAUGAGGAGAAUUCAAGCCAGGAUAUUUCAGAGGAAGUAGAACUAUCCGGGGCAUUAUUAGAAAGACCCAAAAUGGAUGUUUCUCAAUACCUUAAUUGGAAAAAAGACUGGGAAAGUGAAUGUGGGGCAGAAAAGCAGUGGGAAAUAUCCCUGGAAAAUGGACAAGAGUCACUGUCUCCUGCAGAAAGAGACUUAGGUAAAUUCAUAGGUCCUCAGGGAACCUAUGGAGGAGAAAAAUCCAAUAUGUGCUCUGAAUGUGGAAAAAAUUUCAGCCAGAGCU